AUGUCGGCCUCCGAAGCGUCGACCUCAGACGCAGAGCGGGCGUCCCUCGACACGCCCUCCGCAACCACCACUGCCCACACGAACGGCAAAACCACCUCAGAUACCGACAAUUACACCGCCAACACCAACGGCGAAGAAGGGGAAGAAGAGGACACAUGGCAACCAAUUUCCAGUAUGACCGACGCUGCUGUACGCACAGAGCUGCAGCGUGUACGCGAGGAGCGCGACACCUUCGAAACACAGUACCGCUCCCUGCUCUCGAAACUCACCACGAUGCGCGCCACGCUCGGCGACCGACUACGGCAGGACGCGGAAGAGCUCGAUCGACGCGAAACCCAGAUCGAAUCCCUCACCCUGCAGGUCAGCACGCUCGAAUCGACUGUGUCUACUCUGCGGGACGAGCUGGUGGCGUCGCAUGCGGAGACGGAUCGGCUGGGGGCGGAGGCAGAUACGCUGCGUAAGCGCUUAUCCGCGGCUGCUGCUGCUGCCGCUUCUGCGGAGAAGGAAGAGGCGGGAGGCGGAAGGAAGGAGCGCGAGCGGGAGCUGCACGAGUUGGUGGAGCGCGUGAAACUUGACGCGCACGGCUGGGAGGCGACGUGCUUAGAGGAGCGCGCGAAACGGCAGGAUGUCGAAGCGCAGCUCGUCGAUGCUCGCACCGAAGUCGAACGGGCACAGCAGUCCGAGGCGCACCAUCGAGCGCUGGCGGAAAGAGAGGCUGCAUCGGCAGCCAACCUGUCCGCGGUGCUGUCCGAGUUCCAGUCGUCUCAGGAGAGCGAGCUCCAGCGUGCCCUGGGUGACCAUCGUACGCAGCUCGACGCGCUCUCGUCCUCGCUCUCCGAGUAUCGAACGCGCGCAGAGCAGGCAGAGGCGCAACUUGCGCAGAACGCAGACCUGGCAUCGCAGGCCGAGACCUUCGCUGCUCAAGUCAAAGAGAAGAACCUGCUCAUCGGCAAGUUGCGCCACGAAGCCGUAAUCCUCAACGAGCACCUCACGGAAGCUCUACGCAGGUUGAGGAACGACCAGAGCGAUGCCAACGUGGACAAGCGGCUGGUGACGAAUCUGCUCAUCUCGUUCAUCACCACGCCCCGGGCUGAUGGGAAGCGGUACGAGAUGCUCAACCUUAUCGCCGGCGUGCUCGGCUGGAAGGAUGCAGAACGAGAGGCGGCGGGCUUGCAGAAGAGUGGUGCCGGUUCGUCCCGUCCCGGGUUGGGCGCGAGAGGAGGCUCGUCCAGCAGCAUGUCGACGCCGAGGCGUGUCUCGAAUGGCGGCGGAGCGGACGAGAGCUUCGGAAACCUGUUUGUCGAGUUCCUCCUGUCCGAGGCUGAGCGCGGCAAGGCAGCCGAGGGUGGGGUGGAUGGCGACGCUGCGACGACAACGGCGCCGAGUACGCCUGGGUUGCCGAGCCGGUUGUUUUCGCCGACCAGGACGUCGUUUGCUUCCGAGCCCAUAUCGCCGAGCAAGAGCGAUGCGGGGGUGGCGUCGAUGGUGGGCAGUCCCACAGCAGCGGGGGCGGGCGAGGGGUCAGCGGGUAAAGCUGCUAGCGGGGGCGGGUUGGGGUCGUAUUUCGGUCUUUCAAGAGGGAGCAAGAAAUAA